GGCGCUGCCACGCUCCUUGUAAGAUCCCUGAAUCCCGGCGGCGGCGGCUGCUGGGACCCCGGAGCUCUGGCUGCAGCCGGGAGAGGUGAAUCUCGAGCAGUAACAUUCCGGCUGCUCCCAGAAGCCUCUCCCAGGGCAGAGCCCCCAGCCUGGCCAGGACCUCCCUUCCCGCCCCCAGCCCCUGCUCCCAGGGCGGGCACCGCUUGGAGGGAAGAUGCCGGUGACUUUCGAAGACGUGGCUGUGUAUUUCACCGAGGGGCAGGGGGCCCUGUUGGACCCUGGUCAGAGAGCUCUGUACAGGGAAGUAAUGGAGGAGAAUUAUGAGAAUGUGACCUCACUGGCAGGGUUUCCCAUUCCCAAACCUGACCUGAUCACCCGGCUGGAACGAUGGGAAGAGCCAUGGAUACCCGAUCUCCAGGUCUGCCAGGAAAGGGAGAUUCUGAGAGAUACCCACAUAGCAGGUGAUAAGCGAGAGAGUGAGAAAGAGGAGGAUAAUCAACAUCAGGAAUUUCCUGGGAAAGUGGAACCACAGAGGACCUUUAGGAGAAGAGCUUUAGGGAAUUUCUCGCAGUGCUUGGAACAAAGAAAAGCCUCUGGAAAUCAGCACUGGUCAGAGAGGCUAUUCAGAAACCAGCCUACCAAGAAAGUGACUGAAUCUAUUAAAUAUGUGGGAGGAUGCAAGGAUCUUGAGGAAACCACAGCCCAGCAGACAAAUCACAAGAAAGAGAAACCCAAUCAGUGCCUCAAAUGCGGGAAACAAUUCAUUCUGAGAUCACACCUUCUUACACAUCAGACAAUCCAUAUGGGAGAGAAAUCCCAUAAAUGCUUUGAGUGCGGGAAGAGCUUUAGCCACAGCUCAUACCUCACUGCACAUUGGAGGACCCACACUGGAGAGAGACCCUUUAUAUGCUUGGACUGUGGGAAAAGCUUCAGUAACAGCUCAAACCUCACUAAACAUCGGAGAAUCCACACAGGAGAAAGACCAUAUAAAUGCCCAGACUGUGGGAAAUGUUUCAUUCAGAAGUCAACUCUUGUUACACAUCAGACAAUCCACACUGGAGAAAGACCCCAUAAGUGCUUAGACUGUGGGAAAAGCUUUAGCCACAGCUCAUACCUCAUUAGACAUUGGGGGACCCACUUGGGAGAGAGACCCUAUAAAUGUCUUGAGUGUGGGAAAAGUUUCAUUCGGAACUCGCACCUUAUUAGACAUCAGAGGAUUCAUACUGGAGAUAAACUUCAUCAAUGCCUCCACUGUAGGAAAAGUUUCAUUGAGAGACCAAACCUUAUUAGACAUCAGGCAAUCCACACAGGAGAGAGCCCCCAUAGGUGCUUGGAGUGUGGGAAAAGUUUCACACAGAGAUCAGCUCUUGUUACACAUCAAGCAAUCCACACAGGAGAGAGACCUCAUAAGUGCUUGGACUGUGGAAAAAGUUUCAUUCAGAGAACAAACCUUAUUUCACAUCAGACAAUACACACAGGAGAAAAACCGCAUAAAUGCUUGGAUUGUGGGAAAAGUUUUGCUCACAAUUCAGGACUUAUUGUGCAUCAGAGAAUCCACACAGCAGAGAAGCCCUAUAAAUGUUUGGACUGUGGAAAAAGUUUCAGUCACAAAUCAAAUCUUAAUAAACAUCAGAGAAUCCACACGGGAGAAAGGCCAUAUAAAUGCCUAGACUGUGGGAAAUGUUUCAUUCAGAAAUCAAGCCUUGUUACACAUCAGACAACCCACACUGGAGAGAGACCCCAUAAGUGCUUGGACUGUGGGAAAAACUUUAGCCACAGCUCAUACCUCACUAGACAUUGGAGGACCCACACGGAGGAGAGACCCUAUAAAUGCCUUGAGUGUGGGAAAAGUUUCAUUCAGAGCUCACACCUUAUUAGACACCAGAAAAUUCAUACUGGAGAUAAACCUGAUAAAUGCCUCCACUGUGGGAAAUGUUUCACUGAGAGAACAAACCUUAUUAGACAUCAGGCAAUCCACACAGGAGAGAGCCCCCAUAGGUGCUUGGAGUGUGGGAAAAGUUUCAAUCAGCGAUCAAACCUUAUUGUACAUCAGCGAAUCCACACAGGUUAUAACCUUCAUAAAUGCCUUGACUGCGGGAAAAGCUUCAGUAGGAUCUCAGAGCUUACUAAACAUCAGAUAAUCCACAAGGGUGAGACCAUAGAAAUAGUUUAAAGAACAGGAGUACUUGUGGUCCCCAACUUUUUUCGUCUGGCAACGAACCACGGAGGACCGUGGCGGUGGACGAGCAUCUGCCGAAAUGCUGCCGACAAGUGGCAACGUCAAUAGGUGUCGCCGCUGACAAGCAGUGUCAUCCUUUGGCGGCAUUUUGGCUGCAACGCCUCUGGAUGGUGCUGCUUGGCGGCGGCAUUUUGGUGGAUGCUCGUCUGCCAGCCAGUAUGCAGGUGCACUUAGACUCCCCGGUGGGUGCCAUGGCACCCGCGGGCACCACGUUGGAGACCCCUGCCUUAGAGACUAACAAAUUUAUUUGAGCAUAAGCUUUCGUGGACUACAGCCCACUUCGUCCGAUGUAUAGACUGGAA